GCAGAUCAGUCAGGACUCAGGAGUCUGUCUCUAUCUCGCUCACAGAGCAGUGGCGCACUGGCAGCUAUUGCGCGCAUUCGUGCCGGGAUACUAUAGGUCGCUGGCGGGGAGACUCGUCUGUGUUGUAGCGUUAAAUUAGUGCUUUUAUUUGUGAUGCUCGUAUUCUGAAAGUUUGAUGCGUUAUAUUGUUGAUUUGUGUAUAGGCUUUUAUAUAUGUAUAUUAGUAGUUGUAUGACAGUUGGGGUUAAUUGGAUGUUCACCCCAUAAUUACGCGCAUAGUUAAAGAAUAAAUUAUAUGCUAAUGGUAGCAGCACAACAGCAAAACUCAGGUUGAUUAAUCAUUUAGGUGUAACUGGACAUUGUGAGACGUUCAUCUUUAUUUAAUACAAAGUCACAGCGCGGCAUUAAACAUGAUGAUGAACAUUGUCGUGGAGUUUUUCGUGGUCAUGCUCAAAGUUCUCUGGGCCAUCGUGAUGGCCGGACUCAAGUGGCUCAUACGGCCGAAGGAGAAGAGCGUAGCGGGACAGGUGUGCGUGAUCACCGGGGCGGGCGGCGGACUCGGGCGGCUCUUCGCCAAAGAGUUCGCCCGGCGCCGGGCUACACUGGUGCUGUGGGACAUCAACAGCCACAGCAAUGAGGAAACUGCGGAGAUGGUGCGACAGAUCUACAGAGAGCAAGAUGACAACUCGAUGGCUAAAGAGGUCCAGGUAGCUUUGUCUUUUUCGGGGAGGAGGGAAAUAAAAAACAGAUCAAAGGGCUUUGGCAGAGACGGACAGCAUCAGCAAAAUAACUGUCUUUGUUUCCCCCCCCCCCUUCUCUCUCUCUUUCUCUUCCUCUUCCUCUUCCAGACCACCAAGGCAUUUCUUCCCAAGAUGCUAGAGAUGAACCAUGGCCACAUUGUGACAGUUGCCAGUUCACUGGGCCUUUUCAGCACAGCUGGUGUGGAGGAUUAUUGUGCUAGCAAGUUCGGUGCCAUCGGCUUCCACGAGUCCCUGAGCCACGAAAUCAAGGCUUCGGAGAAGGACGGUAUCAAGAUGACGCUGGUGUGUCCUUACCUGGUGGACACGGGCAUGUUCAGAGGAUGCAGAAUAAGGAAAGAGAUCGAGCCAUUUCUCCCUCCAUUGAGACCAGAGUUCUGUGUGAAACAGGCCAUGAGGGCCAUCCUGACAGACCAGCCCAUGAUCUGCACGCCUCGCAUUGUAUACAUGGUCAACUUUAUGAAAAGCAUUUUGCCCUUCGAAGCAAUCGUGUGCAUGUACCGGUUCCUGGGUGCGGAUAAGUGCAUGUACCCCUUCCUGGCUCAGAGGAAAGAGGCGAUGAACAACAACGAGGCCAAGAACGGGAUCUAGAGGGCGCCGUUUCUAACUCACAAGGGAUGAGGAGAAGACCACUGAGAGGGCAGAAGGAAGUGAAAAGACUGCGUUUAGACUGGUGCACUUGCAUUUGGCAGAUGCAAAGGUUUACCAUAUUGUUCCUCUGGAACAAAGAAAGCUGUGUACUACACUAAGGAUUUAUUUGUUGAUUUAUGUUUUGUGUCUUUUUUAAAGGUUUGUUUAAUGAAACCAUCCAUCUAUAUACUGUCAAUAGUUUUGAAAUCAUACAUGUAAUUAACUAUUUACGUAAUGUAGUCACCAGCAUUAUCUAGUGUCUUUGUGAAACUAUACAGUAUGUUACUGUAUGAACAGUAAAUGCUUGUCACUUUUUUUUUUUUUUUUUUUUGUGUGUAGACAUGCACUGUAUUUACUUUCCUCUACACUGCCAACAUUAUCUACACCGUUCAGUGUGACACCAUGCCACUCCGUUCCCCAAUCCGAUCCAUUUAAAGGCAGCGGCAGGAGAUCAAGUGUCCAGUUAUGAACCAUGUGAUGUUUUAUAAGAAAUUUUGCAUUGUUCCCCCCACAUUUCUCUUUGUUGAUGUCAUGAGAAGUACAUGUGGGUAAAACGCUGGUCUGUUUCCAGCUGCUGUGGGAAGGGAGUGUGGUUUUACUCUAUAAUCUACAAACUUAUGGUAUAUGGAAAUGUAUGAGAGUUCGUCAGUUGGAAGGGAUGGCCUGGUUUUCCUGUCACUGAACACUAUUUAGUUUUACUCGGCCUACUUUGAAUUUGUGAAUUAACUGAAAAUAAGUUUUUAUUUUGGUUACAGACCUAUCUUUUAUUUUAUAAUGGAUUCAUCAUGCAUUUUUUAUUUUCAUUCAUACAAAUUCACAUGUCAAUUACCAGUUUCAGUCAAUAACAAUAUGAAUAUGAUGCAUUUUUGUUGUACACAUUUGUUCAUUUAAUGUUUUUCCUUUUGUGUAUUUAAACCUGGACCAUUGAAAUGUUUUCACAGAUGUAUGUUUAGGCAAAAAAAAAAAAAGACAGCACACAUGAGUUUAAACUACAUUCCAAUAGGCGUCCUUCACCGACUGUGAUGAGCCUAAAAUCUCUACCUCUUCAUUUUUGCCAUUUGUUAACAGUAUGACAUACUCUUUUUGUAACUUUCCUAAAGAGUGCUCUAUAGAAGAGCACACAACAUGGUUCCAAUGUUUAGUGUCUCUACCUAACUUAAAUUAAUAAAAUGAUUUAGAUUA